CUUCAGUACUGGGAAAGGACCAGUAUUUGAGUGAAAAGAUAUGGCUUGUGGGCUCUCGAUCCUGUGCAGGGGGUCAGCAGAAGAGAGACUUAGGUGGGUAUUCAAGUUGUAUGAUCUGAACGGAGAUGGUAGAGUAAGCAGGGAAGAAAUGGCUGAAGUAGUUUCUGCGGUCUAUGGUCUCUUGGGCCAUGGGCCUCACCCACCUCACCAAUAUCUCAAUACCAGGCUAGAUACCAUUUUUCAGAAAAUGGAUCGCAAUAAAGAUGGAGUUGUUACUCUGGAUGAGUUCCUAGAAUCAUGUUUGGAAGAUGCCUCGAUAACAAACUCUUUGGCUGCAUUUGACUCAAUUAUUUGAAUCAAAAUGUUUAACAGAUGUGUGCAUCUUAAGAACAGUUUGUCAUUGUCUCAAUCAUAAAGGAUGAUUGCCAUUCUCAAAGAAGUUAACCUAAAGACAUUUUUCCUUAUCAUAUGAAAAUGAUUGUGGUUUGACUUACAUAUUCGACAUGUAUGUCAAAUGUUUGCUCUUUUUCGAGGGAAUUUAGGUAUAUUAAGAAGAGAUUUAAGUGAUUGGUGAUUGAAUGCCAUCAGUAAACUAUGAUUGGAUUGCUCACAUGCUCAUUUUUUUAUAACAUAAAAUUUUCAUAGAUUUUUUGUUUAUUUAAUUUCAAAUCCUGGAUUGUCUAAAAGUAAUCAUUUGAGUUAAGUAUUUUAAGCUUUUUCAAUUUAUAAUUAUGGCCAUACUACAAUGAGCCCAACAUUUUCAUUCACAGCCGUCCAUAGUAUUGGAGGUAUUAAGAACAAUCAUUUAAUAAGAAAAGUAGUUCAUUUAGUGUAUCAAAAGGAAUUUAAGGUUUUGUGGGGAAUAAUAAUCUUUUCAUAAUUGAUCAAGUCAGACUUGUAGGGCUGUGAAUCAAUUUCCGGCCAUUACAAACUCUGAAAUUUCUUGUCCUAUUAAAUUGACAAAUCUUUUUUUUUUAUUUCCUAAGAUCUUAAAAAAAAUAUGUGAAAUAAUUUAGGCCUAUUUUAAAUGUAUGUACAUUGUAUAAUUAAUUGUUGUUUUUUUUUGUAAACCAAAUUCUAAAAUUGAAGAUGUUAUAAGCUCUCAAUAUUGAAUGUAAACCGAAGUAUUCAUAGAAUACUUUUUUAGGUGUCUAGGUGAAGUGUAUUAUAAGUGUUUAUAUAGAUUGUGUAUAUCCUUUAAACAUUGAAAAUAAAAUAUAUAUAUAUAUACAUAGAAAGAAAGAAAACAACACAUGAGACAUGUAAACAAUACAGGAGUUAGUUGUAAUUAGAAAUGUCUAUAGAUUAGUUAAUUAAAUCAGUGACUUAACUUUUUCUCAGAGUAAAUUUUUAAUUUAUAUAAUUCAAAAAUUUUUUUUUUAAAUGAUCAAUUCACUUAUCUAGUGGAAUCCUAAUUAUCCUUUUUUUUUUUUGUGAACAAUUUUUUGUUUUCACUUAAUUAAAUGUUUUGUAUAAAAUUAAACUUACUGUCAGCUGUUUUUAAUUGAUUGUAAAGAAUUUGUAGCUCCAUAUUAUAUGCAUACAUAUACACAUAAUAUGCUUUUAAUUUCUCACGUGUUAUGUUUAGCAAGCAGUAUUAAAAAUUUCAACUAAUUCCAAGAAAGAAAAUGAUUGAGAAUUGCUUUCAACUAAUUAAGUAGCAAUAUAAAAAUAAAUUGAUAAAAAAAAAUUUACCAUACUAUAAAUAUCAUAAUUUUUUUUCAAUUUUAAAUGCAGCAGAAAUUUAAAGAUUUCCAAAUCAAAAUUUUCCUUGUGAUCAAUAUUUCCUGUAGCAGAACUCGAGAAAUAAUCUCAUUAAAUUGUCUAAUUUAUUUAUUUGUUACAUUAUAAUAUUUUUUCACUAUUAUGUUAGUGUGAUAAUUGAGAUCUUAAAUUGAUUACCUAACUCAUUAAAACAUUCAGUUUAUAAAAUUUAAGUUUGUCACUUAUAAAAGAUUUGUGUAUUGAAAAAGAUCUUUCAAAAUUAACAGACGUGACUAAGCAUAGCUUGUGUCCCCAGGGAGUUUUCAUGGUUGCACCAUCACAGUUUUUGAGAGGGGAGUAUAUUUUGAUGGGAUUUUGAAUUUUUAAGGGAGUUGCAUUUCGAGGGAGCUAUGAAUUUUCGGAUUGAAAAGUUUCAAACAAAGGGAAUAUAUGGAACAAACCUUAGCAAGUGUAAUUGUAUAUGAUUUAUGGUACUUUAAUUUCGAAUGUUUUAAGAAGAGGUGAUCAAGAAAAUAUCUUCAGGAGGGGAAGGUGGAGAUUCAUGCGCCAUUGACCUUCAGGGGAGGGGAAGGGCAUCUCUGGCUUGUGUAAUAAUGUUUUUAAGAUAAACUUGAUGAGUCAUGUGUUUUAGUAACAACUGCAAAUUAAAAUUUCUUCAAACAAUCAAUCUUAUUGGUCUAGGGAAAAAAAUGAGUUUACCAAGGCUCUAAUAACUUUGCUGAUAAUACAUUAUAGAAAUGUUACUGACAUUUAUCAAAUUCUUGCUUUGGAAAAUGUCAAUAACGUUUGUAUAAUUUAUCUAAUUCAUUGAAAAUGUUAAUAACAUUUCACUGUUGACUAGUGUAAAAAGUAGGAAUCAAAGUGUUUAGUAACAAAAAUUUUACCAACAUUUUUGUUUAAAAAAAUGGUUAAUAGAAAUGUUAAUAACAUUUUACUAUUGACUGGAGUAUAAAAUAGGUAUUAAAAUGUUAAGAUUUAAUUAAUAACGUUGGUGGUAACAUUUCAGGGCAAACCCAUCUUUAUAUUGCACUUUUUAUUUUAUAGAGGAAUAAUUUAUAAACUGCGAGAGUAUUUAGGUUAACGUGAAAUUUAAAACUUUAGUAUGAAAUACUGUAAAUACUGAAAAACUAUUGUGUGAAAAUUUUUUUUACAAAAAGUUAGGUAAAAUAUCAAAUGGAUAUCAACAUAAAAUUCACAGAUAUGCCUACACAUGGAUUAACAUUUCUAGACUUAUUUGCUGCAAUUUUUUAUAUAGUGAAAAAUUAAAAUAGGUUCAUGACACAUUCUUUAAUAAUUUUUAUGAUAUUUAUUUUGUUAGUUUUUAAGAUUUAUGACAUGAUUUAUUUGUCAAGAACCAUAUUCUAUUUCUAGCACCAACAUUGUAAACAAUAUUUAUUGUAAAAACUAUAAAAUGAAAAAUGCACAAAGACAAACUUUAAUCGCUCAUAUAAGACAUAAAACAUAUAGACUAACUAGUUAUUAUCAAUUGUGUGAUGUUAAUUAUAGUUGUUUUAUAUUUUAUAAACUGUCUAAAUCAAAUGUAAAAAAAAAAUUAAAUAUUUUUUCUUUUCUUUUUUUUAUGUGAUGUUUACAAUGAGAUAAAGAUAAGACAUGAUGAUAAUUAAUAAAAAAAAAUUUAUAUAUUUUGUGUAUAUAUUUGUGCCAAAACUAGAGGUAAAAGAAAAAUUAUGAAAAAAAAUGUAUGACUAAAAAUAUAUUGGAAUGUACAUUGGGUCCAAUUAGUCAUUUCCCUACAGAAUUGAGAGCUUAUCUGCCGUAAAAUUCAGGACCUUUUAGUUUUGAAAAAUAACCGAACCACUUUACGUGACAUAAUCAUAUCUGAAACGUUCAUAUAUCACAGAAUAAAACUAUUGUAUUUUCUCAGUAAUCAAUUCUUUGUAUUAGCAAUUUACAUGAACUGUCUGUUAAGAUUUAACCCAAGAGAACUCGCUACAAAAGUCACAACUUGAGUACUCGAACAUGUAAAAUUCAAUCUUAUAUUAAAUAUAUUUACCAAUUUGUAAAAAAAAAGUUUUUAUUAGCUAGUUAACUAGAAAUAAAUUAUCUGUCUAUACCUUUGAAACCACAUUUAUUUUAUUUUCUGAUUAGAAUCUUUAGUCAUAUAAACAACAAAGAUUUUUCCUUAUGAGACUUCUAUUUGAAAGUGUUUUUUCUUUCAAGAGUUUUAAUAAGCAAAUAUUUCCACAAAAUAUUUCACCUAGCUGAACACUACAGAAUCGUGUUUUAAAAGAAAUUUUUCUAUUCAGGUCAUUUCAUUUCUGGUACACACAUUCACCAUAUGUUAGUUACUUUUCCAUGGAUGUAAUCAAAUUUUAUGAAUCUUCUAGUGCUUUCUUGGAAAUAGGCAAUCCCCAAGAUUGUAGAAUAUUCAAUCAUAUUAUCUUUAAACAGAGGUCUAAAACGGUUUUUCAUAUCUUUGUUUUUUUUAUAUCUUUUCUAUUACAAAUAUAAAACAUUAUUUGGAUAAGGAAAGAUUUUCCAAGUAAAAGCUCAAGGUCGCUGAAAGUAGUUUGGAUUUAAGAAAGUUUGAUGUGUUGUGGUAGGAACAUUCAUGUACUGCAAAUUAUCUUCUAAAGUUCUUUUUAAGAUUUUCUUUUCUUUUUUUUUUUUAACUCUUAUUUAUUCUUAAGAUCAAAAUUAGAUAGCUGAACAAAUUUUGUAAACUUCUAAUACGACAAAAAUCCUUUAAAAAAGAAAAAUUCAAGAUACUUCAACACUUUCAUUAUUGUUCUAAUGCACAUUUUUAUCUAAACUAAAGUAAAUCUCACAAAGCGAGUUCUCCCAGGUUAAUUAUGGAGAAAACAAUAAUAGGAAUCAAAAACAAUAGAAUGAUUUCAAGCAGUAGCAGCAUGAUGACAAUUCAGAAUGUAUGUUAUGAAAAUUUCUAUUAAAAUUACUAUAGUUGUAUGUGUCCAAUCCCAGUAAAAUCUGUGUUAAUGUGAAUCUAUGUUUAGAUUGUUGUAUAGCAUUGUAAAAAUAUACAGGUGAAAUUCCUACUUUAUAAUAAAAGAAUAUUUGUCACAAACUAUUAUAUAUAUGGUGUAUAGUUGUGUAAUUAUUGAUAGAUAUUGUAUAUUUUAUAAAAAGAAAAAAAUACGAAUAUCAGCUUAUACAUUACAAACUUAUUGAUUUUAGAAACUGUUACAUACUUUUGUUUGUUCGACGUGAAUAUAUAUAUUUACUGUUAUAAUCAUAUGCAUAUGUAUGUUAAGAAAUGUUCAUUAUAAAAAAUAUUGUUGUUACUCUGCAAAAGAAAAAUAAAGUUCUUUAUAAAGAAAAUCUACAUUAAU